AUGAAGCUUAUCGAAGAAUUUAAAGAAGUAACAUUCAAUUACCUCCCCAGAGAAGAGAAUCAAAUGGAAGAUGCCUUAACUACUUUGGUAGCAACAUUUAAGGUAUACGAAAACUCACAUAUGAUGCUCAUUGAGAUGCAGACUUAUGAGUAUCCAACCCAUUGUUAUAGCAUCGAAGAGGAGAAAGAUGGAAAUCCUUGGAAUUAUGAUGUCCUGCAAUACAUCAGAUAUCAGAGUUAUCCUGAACAGGCGUCUGGGAAUGAAAAAAUAACUAUUAGAAGGAUGGUUGCAGGGUAUGUGUUUGAUGGUGAAGCAUUGUACAAGAAAAGCCCAUAUCAGGUCUUAUUGAGGUGUGUAGAUGCCAAAGGAGCUAAAACAAUUCUCUAG